UUUUUAGAGACGAACCCACUCGGCCGACAUGAACCCUGACGGGUUUUUUUCUGUAACAUGAACCACGUGACAGUAGUCUACAGCCAGACACAUAAUCCGCCAGGAGUGCGUCUGUCGCUCAAGUAAUAUAAUCCAAGUCUCCUCUGCCUAAAAUUAAUACAGUCCCUCAACGCAGAUGUUAAAUAAAUUGCUUAAUAUUCACAAUUGUGCAAAAUUCACAGCAGCACAUGUUGUGGCCAUAAUUUGGACUUUUGCAUCACCCACACUCUUGUUCAAUUUAGGCUCUUAAAAGUAAAGAAGGACGGGAGGCCAAAAAGCUCCAAAACUCAUCAGGCGGCGCUUCACAGCGCAGAUGGAAAAUGACCCCGCAAGCACGCUGCGAAAGCCAAGUCCAUCCCCUGACCUAAAUCCGAUUGAGCAUGCAUUUCACUUGCGGAAGACGAAACUGAAGUGACAAAAAGUAAAAACUGAAGACAGUCGCAGUAGACGCCAAGCAGAGUGCCUUAGCAGCAGCAGUCCCGCUCCUCCCUGAGAACGACCGGCAGCAUCCUCGUCCGCCCAGCGCCGCAGAACAUGGCCAAGACCGCAAUUGCUUACAAGGAGAAGAUGAAGGAGAUCUCCGUCUUCUCGCUCAUCUGCUCCUGUUUGUACCCCGACGGGCGCAAGAACAACCUGGGCGACUUUGAAGAGCUGGACAUCAAGCCCAUCAACAAGCGCGCCUCGGGCCAGGCCUUCGAGGUGCUCUUGAAGCCGACGUCGCCCGUGACGGACGCGGCCCACUGCGUCACCUCGCCCCCCAAGAGGGACAUCUCCCUGGACGACAUCCAGAAGAAGCUGGAGGCCGCCGAGGACCGCAGGAAAUCCCAGGAGGCGCAGGUGCUGCGGGCCCUGGCGGAGAAGCGCGAGCACGAGCGCGACGUCCUGCUCAAGGCCAUGGAGGAGAACAGCAACUUCAGCCGCAUGGCCGAGGAGAAGCUGCACCUGAAGAUGGAGCAGAUCCAGGAGAACCGGCAGGCCUACCUCGGCGCCCUCAUGGAGCGCCUGCAGGAGAGGGAGAGGCACGCUCAGGAGGUGCGCAGGAACAAGGAGUUGAGAGAAGAGGUGACAGCGUGAGGAGCCCCCCCACCACCUCCCCUGAAUUUCUCUCCCACAGGGUCCUAAUAUGCCCCCCUCCCCCUCCCACAAACAUCCGCCCUCCUCUCGUGCGUCCUAGUGGCCAACCGCCCGAAAACACCCCCAUCUGAACCCCCCCACCAUUCCUCCCGCGUUUCCAUAUAACAUCCCGCACACGUGGGAGGGUUUGGCGGGGGUCUUUCAUAAUAACGAAAACAUAAAUCAGCCACACACCCCCCCUCCACACACACACACACACACACACACACAAAGAAUCCAGUUGCCAGAAAGUGACAGAAAGCGGUGGUGUAAAUACUUCUUUUUUUUCUUAUAUACAGUACAAAAAGUAUUGAUUGCGGUUGCGACAUUUUUCAAUAUCUUUAUUUUUGUCGUCGUUUUGUGGCUUAGGUGUUUUUUGUGGUGAGUUUGCAAGGACCCCCACCCCACCCCCUCUUCUCCCACCCCUCUUUUCUCGUUAGCAUUUAAUGCUAAGCUAACAUAGCAUAGCAUCCCGACCUCUUCCCCCGUUCACGCGUUUAGCAUAGCACACAGCUAGUUAGCAUUUAGCAACGCUGCAGAAAACAGAACCCGGAAUCCCGCGGACCCCCCCCCCCCCCAUUUUCGCCCUCCCCGCAACCUUCUUCGUAACUCGCUUUUAGCUGGGAGGAGCCACGCCAGAGGUUGAACCCCAUUGGUCGGUACCGUGUCAUGUGACUCUUUCUAUUCGUUUGUGCGUGUGUGUGUGCGUGUGUGUGAGACCCUUUCUUGCUCUCUUUCUGCAUUACUGUACAUCUUUGUCAAGAAAGCUGUGGUUAAUAAAGAUUUGGGGUUCAAUGAAAAAA